GAAUUAGAGACAAACAUGAAUAGAAACGGGUGUGAAAAGAGAGCCUCGACCAACUUCAUUCUUUCCCUGCUGGCAUACUAAGAAUACUAUGCGACACUGACCUGAAAUAGACGCCAUUUAUUCCGUACCACUACCGGUAUUAGCAUCACGUCUUGACCACCCAAAUUUCAGAUCCCUGACAUUAGAGCAUCACCGCCUCGGAAAAAGAAACACCUCCGAGCAUCCCAGCCAACAUUCCCACCAGCCUCGCAUUAUCUCGGGCCUAAUCAACCCUGCGUUGCACGAAACCACCGAGAUCCAAUACCUUAUCGCUCCAUUUUCGCCUAAAGCGCACCCUUCCUACGUCUGCCUCUGCACCAGCUGGCUGGUUGCUCUCGCACACGCGCCACCAUGCGGUUACAAUCGAGCGUCUUCUCAUUCCUCUUCGCCGGCCUUGUCACCGCGACAGGCUUCGAUUGCGCACAUAUCAACGCGGACGGCAUUAAAUAUGACCUGAGUCCACUUGGUGGGGUGCAUUCGUUAUACCACAUCAAGGAGACGGAGGACUAUGUCGUCAACACCACCUACGUGCUGAACAUCUGCAAUAUCUUGAAGGGGGCCGCUAUUCGGGGGAACUUGAAGUGUGGGACGUCGAAGAACAUCUGCGGAUUCGAAUACAGAGACGCCGUCGACGGCUCCGAUAGCGAAACGAAAGCGUUCCCCAUCGUCGGUCUCGACCACCUCGGACAUGGCGCCAAAGACCCCGAAAUCACACGGUUGAAGCAACUCGAUCCCGACCGCGAAGGACUGAGUGUGCGACUGGGCGGAGGCCAGUAUCUCGACGACGAAAAGGCCAAGAAGGAUGCUGGUGCGGUGAUCGAAUUUCAGUGCGACCCCACCAGGUCCGGUCUGGAGGGCAUUUCGACAGAGGAGGACACAGCAGAGGAGGAGCAGCUAAGGGCGAAGGAAAAUGGAGACGAGACCGAUAAUGAAUCCUAUGUGCUAAAACUGGACUGGAAGACCCGGUAUGCGUGUGACGACUACCUGAGUAGCAAGAAGGGCGGAUCUUCUAACCAUUGGGGAUUCUUCACCUGGUUUAUUGUCAUCCUCUUCCUUUGCAUCUCCGCGUACCUCAUCUUCGGCUCGUGGCUCAACUACAACCGCUACGGUGCUCGGGGAUGGGAUCUGCUCCCGCAUGGUGACUCGAUCCGGGACGUGCCGUAUAUCUUGCAGGAUUGGUUCCGACGAGUGGUGAAUACUCUUCAAGGGACGGGGUCUAGGGGUGGAUAUAGCGCUGUGUAGUUUCUUAGUUUGGGGGUGAUAGUUGUUAGAUGAUUGCAUGAAUUGAUGUUGACAUUACCUUAACGCCCAAUUGUGCAGUUCUCGUAAUUUAGAGGCAAAGGCUGUAAUAUCUAUUUCAGUAAAUAUACCCCAAUAUUAGUAACUUCAGUAUCUCUCCUGUAAUCCAUACCCUCAGAGCUCUAGCAACGCACCUCCGAUCAACCGCCCCGCACAGACCACAUCCCACGAAUCCUCAACAUCACAGAACAACCACCAAACAACCCAAUCCACCACACCAUAGAACAAACACCACCAAAAUGAUGCAACAUCGCAUGGUAGCCCU